AUGGCGAGAUUCAGGCUGAGGGUGUCCACGGGCGAGGCCCGCGGGGCUGGCACGUGGGACAAAGUGUCCGUGAGCAUCGUGGGAACCGAAGGGGAGAGUCCCUUCGUGCCCCUGGACCGUCUAGGCAGGGAGUUCGCCGCCGGCGCCGAGGAAGACUUCGAGGUGACGCUGCCGCGGGACGUGGGCGCCGUGCUGCUGCUGCGCCUGCACAAGGAGCCGCGCCUCCCGCGGGGCCGCGUCCCGCCCGACGCCUGGUUCUGCCGCUGGCUGCAGCUGGAGCGGCUGCCCGGGGCCGCCCUGCGCUUCCCCUGCUUCCGCUGGCUGCAGGGGCCGAGCGACCUGGUGCUGCGAGAGGGGGCGGCCAAGGUCCCCUGGGACGACCAGCACCCGAAGCUCCAGCAGCAGCGCCGGGAGGAGCUGAAGGCCAGGAAGGAGAUGUACAGGUGGAAGACUUACAUUGAAGGCUGGCCUCGCUGCCUGGACCAGGAGACUGUGAAAGGCUUGGACCUCAACAUCAAGUACUCCGCAGUGAAGAACGCCAAAUUCCACUUUAAGGCCCACUCCGCGUUUGCAGAGCUGAAAAUCAAAGGGUUCCUGGACCGCACAGGACUCUGGAGGAGCCUGAGGGAGAUGAGGAGGAUGUUUAAUUUCCACAAGACUCCAGCAGCAGAGUAUGUGUUUGCGCACUGGCAGGAAGACGCCUUCUUUGCAUCCCAGUUCCUGAACGGCCUCAACCCAGUUCUGAUCCGCUGCUGUCGCAGCCUCCCAAAAAACUUUCCCGUCACUGAUGAAAUGGUGGCCCCAGUGCUGGGCCCUGGGACAAAUCUGCAGGCUGAGCUGGAGAAGGGUUCCCUGUUCUUGGUGGAUCACGGCAUCCUUUCUGGAGUCCAGACCAACGUCAUCAACGGAAAGCCUCAGUUCUCUGCGGCCCCAAUGACCCUCCUAUACCAGAGCUCGGGGUCCGGGCCCCUGCUCCCCCUCGCCAUCCAGCUCAAGCAGACCCCGGGGCCCGACAACCCCAUCUUCCUGCCCAGCGAUGACAGGUGGGACUGGCUGCUGGCCAAGACCUGGGUGCGCAACGCCGAGUUCUCUGUGCACGAGGCCCUCACACACCUGCUGCACUCACACCUGUUGCCUGAGGUCUUCGCCCUGGCCACGCUGCGUCAGCUGCCCCACUGCCACCCUCUCUUUAAGCUGUUGAUCCCCCACAUUCGGUACACCCUGCAUAUCAACACGCUUGCCCGCGAGCUGCUCAUCGCCCCUGGGCAGGUGGUGGACAGGUCCACAGGCCUCGGCAUUGGCGGAUUCUCUGAGCUGAUCCGGAGAAACAUGGGGCAGCUGAGCUAUUCUGCCCUGUGCCUCCCUGACGACAUCCGGGCCCGGGGCGUGGAAGACAUCCCAGGUUACUAUUACCGGGAUGACGGGCUGCAGAUCUGGAGCGCAAUAAAGAGCUUCGUCUCUGAGAUAGUCGGCACCUACUACCCAAGCGAUGCGUCUGUCGGAGAGGACCAAGAGCUCCAGGCCUGGGUGAGGGAGAUCUUCUCCGAGGGUUUCCUCAGCAGAGAAAGCUCAGGUGUGCCCUCCUUGUUGGACACGCGGGAAGCCCUGGUCCAGUACCUCACGAUGGUGAUGUUCACCUGCUCGGCCAGGCAUACAGCUGUGAGCGCAGGCCAGUUUGACUCUUGUGUUUGGAUGCCUAACCUUCCACCCAGCAUGCAGCUGCCGCCGCCCACUGUAAAGGGCCAGGCCCGGCCUGAGGGCUUCAUAGCCACCCUCCCAGCAGUCAACGCCACUUGUGAUGUCAUCAUGGCCCUCUGGAUGCUAAGCCAGGAGCCCGGGGACCGAAGGCCCCUGGGCCACUAUCCAGAUGAACACUUCACGGAGGACGCCCCACGGAGGAGCAUGGCUGCCUUCCAGAGACAGCUGAUCCAGAUCUCCAGCGGCAUCAGGGAGAGGAACCAAAGCCUGACGCUGCCCUACACCUACCUGGACCCUCCCCUCAUCGAGAACAGCGUCUCCAUCUAAACUCCUGGAGACAGUGGGCCCAUGUGACCAUGCCACUCCAAGCCAAGGGUCAUGGAGAAAAAGGGGCCUACGUGCUUCUCCUGGACAAGCCAAUAUAACUCACCUCUGAAGCACACACACACACACACACUCCUAAUACAAUCAAAGCAGACAAACUUAAACUCUGACAGAAGCCAGCAGCUCACAGGACAGGGACGCCAAAGCCUUAGAAACACCAACCUCAGCUCUGAUUAAGGGCUUUGCCAACUCGCUUUUCCUCACACCAGCCGUGGGCCGUAGCGGAAGCGGAGUCCUGCUCCCCCGACCGCCCCACGGAGGGCUGACUGAAGGCAGCUCUCCCCAGGCUUCUCAGAAGCAUAGGAGGCACCCCAGCACCCCCCCCCAGGGGUGGGUUAUCGCCCACUAUCUCUCCUGGAGAUGAGGUCACACUGAGAAGCAAUCAUCGGAAGUCAGGCACAGUGAGACGGGCUGGGCACAGGGCUCCGGGGUUCACAGCUCUGCCCGCUCUCCCUGAGGCCCAGGGCAGCUUACAAUCCUGCAUGACUCUGGGUCCAGAGGCCUUUUCUGGGGACACCAGGCAUGCAGGCAAGACACCCAGCUACAUAAAAACCUGGCUGCCGUUUCAGGAAGAGGGACGUACCGCCAUUUCUAACCCACCUCCUCUUGAAGACCCCCCCUAAGUGGACUGUCGGCCAGGCCGCAUUUUCAGAGAAUUAGACAAUGUUAACGUAGCCCUGAUAACUUUCUCUCUAACGUCCACCUUCAUUCUGGAAGAGUCCACUAUUUCAUGUACACUUCCCAGUUCUGUUUUUAUGGGGGGGGGGAGGUGGUUUUGUUUGGGUUUUUGUUUUGUUUUCUGGCUCAGACUCCACAACCAUUCAU